GAAUUGUCCACCUGUCAUUUACUGGUUGGGCAGGGUGGCAUGUGGUUGUUGAUCUGCUUAUCAAAAUGUCAAACAGAUAUAUUGGUCUUUGGUAUAAUGAGACGCCAGGAAUGAAAAUUUACGUGCCUUUUCUAUUUUCCCGGUCUCAACAGUACUUGAACUUAGAUGCGUAUCUCGCAUGACCCGAACAGCUCAUGGUUACUGCGGAUAGCGUGCUCUUGUUUGUUGACUAUGUCCGAGUUUUGGAUCAUAUCACUGCCGGGAGAGAGAAAUCCGGACCAAGUUUUCCAGCGGUUACAUGCUACUCUUUCAAAGUACAAUGGCCUGUCGUUGCAAUGGAAGUUCAAUAUUCCCCCAGAUCUGAAGGUUGGCACUUUGGAUAUUUUAGUGGGGCUUUCUGAUGAGUUGGCUAAACUUGAUCUCUAUGCCGAAGCCAUCACCAAAAAGGUAGCCCAAUAUAUGGGCGACGUCUUGGAAGAGCAGAAGCACAAACUGGAGGACAAUCUCGCUAUAAAUGGAGCCAGCCCUGGCGCAUUUUUAACGAAGUUUCAGUGGGAUUACGCUAAAUAUCCCAUAAAGCAUACACUGAGUUCUUUGUACGCCAUUAUCUCUGAGCAACUCUCCAAAAUCGAUGCUGACUUGAAGACUAAGUCCACCGCGUACAACACAGUCAAAGGUUGCUUGCAAACACUUGAGCGUAAACAAACUGGAAGUCUUCUAACGAGGGACUUGGGCGACAUUGUCAAAAGCGACCAGUUCGUACUAGGAUCGGAGUAUAUUACGACGCUUGUUGUUGUAGUACCAAGAAGUUCCUACAGCGUUUGGCAAAAGUGUUACGAGACCCUAACCGAUAUGAUUGUCCCAAAAUCUUCAGAACUAAUAUUCGAAGACCAAGAAAAUGGCCUAUGGACUGUAACUUUGUUCAAGAAAAUGGUUGAAGAUUUCAAGGCCCGUUGCCGUGAACAAAGGUUUGUGGUAAGAGACUUUGAGUACGACGAGAAGAAGAUCGAGGAAAGCAAGUCUGAACUGUCGAAGUUAGAGUCAGACAAAAGAAGACAGUUUGCCCCGCUGUUCCGGUGGUUGAAAGUCAACUUCGGUGAAGCUUUUUCGGCUAUGGUGCACAUCAAGGCCAUCCGCGUUUUUGUAGAAUCUGUUCUGAGGUACGGUUUACCGGUUGAUUUUCAAGCUGUACUCAUUCAACCAAACAAGAAAGCACACAAACGCCUUCGGGAUGUUCUGCUACAGCUCUACAGUCACUUGGAUAGCACCGCGUCAAACGCGGUCGUUGAUGAAGACAUGUCACUUGCUGGUAUGGGAUCAAACACGGAAUAUUACCCAUACGUCUCCUUCAAAAUUGAACUGAGUUUUCUGGAACUUCGUUGAAUUCACGCGUGUAGCAGGCGUGUGAAUAAGCAUCGCAAGCAUAAUACCCUAUUAUUUUUAUCAUUCCAAAUGCCCUCCACGAUGUCUGCUUAUCGACGACCCAAACGACCUCCAAUCAAGCAAAUUCCGAUGUCACUGUUCUUAAGUCCCACCUACCGCUCGCAUACGGAUCCACGGCUGCUGUAUACUUAUUCAUACUGACUUCUUAUCGCCAGUUAUUCAGUCAUUUGAUUUGUUAUCUUUUUUCUUUAAAAGUGAAUAGUCUUUGUCAACGAACGCGUUCCAGUUAUCCUUUUAUUUUUUGUCGAAAACAAAUGAAAAGGCUGAAAAAAACAAAUUCAUUCUGCAUGUUGGGAAA